AUGAGUCACAAUAGUUAUGAGAAUCUUCAUGGUCGUAUCUGUUUGCCGAUGUCGUCCCAAAGACUGCAGAGAAUUUUAGAGCUCUUUGCACUGGUGAAAAUGGGUGUGAUUUCACCAAAGGAAAUGGUUACCGGUGGUGAAUCAAUCUACAAUGAGAAGUUUGAAGAUGAGAACUUUAUUUUGAGACAUUCUGGUCCAGGUACUCUUUCAAUGGCCAAUUCUGGUAAAAAUACUAAUGGAUCACAAUUCUUUAUUUGCACUGAAAAGACUGAUUGGUUGGAUGGUGCUCAUGUUGUAUUUGGAAAUGUUAUCGAAGGUUUGGACGUGAUUAAAAUGACCAACCCAAGAGUUUUCUUUGAUAUCUCAAUUGGUGAGACCCCAGCUGGAAGAGUCGUCAUGGAGUUGUAUGCCGAUGUCGUCCCAAAGACUGCUGAAAACUUCAGAGCUCUUUGCACUGGUGAAAAGGGUGUUGGUAAGGCUGGUAAGCCACUCCACUUCAAGGGAUCUUCUUUCCAUCGUAUCAUUCCAAAGUUCAUGUGUCAAGGUGGUGAUUUCACCAGAGGUAACGGUACCGGAGGUGAAUCAAUCUACGGUGAGAAGUUUGCUGAUGAGAACUUCAACUUGAAGCAUACUGGUCCAGGUACACUUUCAAUGGCCAACGCUGGUAAAAAUACUAAUGGUUCCCAAUUCUUUAUUUGCACUGAAAAGACCGAAUGGUUAGAUGGUGCCCAUGUUGUAUUCGGAAAGGUUGUUGAAGGUUUGGAAGUUGUUAGAAAGAUGGAAGCUCAAGGUUCCCAAGCUGGUAAGACCAAGGUCCCAGUCGUCAUUUCAAACAGUGGUCAACUUUAA